AUGAUCGUCUUCGCGGACUACCGCAGAUCUGCGGUCCUGCGGAUUUCUCCCUGCGACCUUGGCUCCACGUUCAGUCGCUUAUCCUGCUCAGAGGACCGCUGGGAUUGGAUCAGUCACCGCCAGGAGACGUGUAGUGUGAACUCUCACUGCUGCGGCCGCAUGGAAGUGAAAGUGCCUGUUGUGAAGACAUGGACCAAAGGUUAUGUGUGGAACGGGCUGUCGAAUGGCAACAGCAUCAACUCCAUCACCUCAGAGGCCAGCAGCACCUCGGACUCGCUGGACGGGCCGUGUGUUGACUAUGCCAAGAGCUACGAUGCCGUUGUGUUCGAUGUGCUCAAGGUGACACCCGAAGAGUUUGCUAGCCAAAUCACCCUGAUGGAUGCUCCUGUAUUCAAAGCAAUACACCCGGAGGAGUUGGCGAGUUGUGGCUGGAACGGGAAAGAGAAGCACAGCUUGGCUCCGAAUGUGGUGGCGUUCACACGCAGGUUCAACCAGGUGAGCUUCUGGUUGGUUAGAGAAAUAUUGACUGCCCAGACGCUGAAAAUCAGAGCAGAAAUAUUGGGACAUUUUGUAAAAAUAGCAAAGAAACUACUGGAACUGAACAACAUGCACUCUCUGGUGUCUGUGGUGUCGGCUUUACAGAGUGCUCCCAUCUUCAGACUCAGUAAGACCUGGGCGCUGAUCAGCCGAAAAGACAAGGCCACAUUUGAGAAGCUGAACUUUCUGACGUCUAAGGAGGAGAACUACACGCGCAUGAGGGAGUACAUUCGCUCGCUGAGGAUGGGGCCCUGCAUUCCCUACCUUGGUACACCUUGCAUUCAUUCCAUCACACUCACAUAA